AUUAAUAAUUAGUGAAUGAAAACGGGGAUUAUAAGUGAAGGAAAGAUGUCGGGUGCCGGGGGAGGGAAGCGGCCCUCGGGAGGGGACAGUCCUCCUGGCCCACCUGAGAAAAAGAGCAAGAAAGAGGAGAAAACCACCACGACGCUUAUUGAGCCCAUCCGCAUAGCGGGAGUCUCCUCCACGGAGGAAAUGGACAUGAAGGUGCUGCAGUUUAAGAACAAGAAGCUGUGCGAGCGACUGGAGCAGAGGCAGGCGAUGGAGGACGAGUUACGAGAGAAAAUAGAAAAGCUGGAGAAGAGGCAGGCUACGGACGACACGACCCUGCUGAUUGUCAACCGGUACUGGUCUCAGCUGGACAAUAACGUCAAAGUUUUGCGUAAAUGCAUCGAGCCAGAUGUGGCGUCUGCCCCCGCCCCGCCCUCGGCCCCGCCUCCGGAAACCAUGGCGAUGGAGGAAAAUGGCGUCGCUCUGACCCUGCCGACCUCAGCGGUUCCUCCGCCGCCGCUGCCAGAGGCCCAGAGCGAAGCCGGCCCGACGGACCAGCAGCUCCAGCUGGAGGAGCGGCAGGAAGAUCACCAGGGCGAGCUGCAGCAGCCGGCGCCCCCUGCUGGAGGAGACGAGUUGACGCCACCGACUGAGCCGCCGUCUGAUCCAAAAACAGAUGCGUCGCUGCCUCCUCCUCCUCCGCUCAGCGAGAAUGCGAAGGGCUUCCUGGCCGCGCUGGAGCAGAGCGGCGAGGAGGAGCUGAGCUUACACCUGCAGGACCGCAUGCUGUUCAGCAAGGACGCCAUCGGCCACCUGGUCCGCGUCUUCGACCGGCUGCACGCGCGCAUUGAUGACAUGUGCACGGCUAUCCAGGCUGCAGCAGGCGAGGAGGGCGGUCUGCUGGAGGACAACGUCCGGCUGAGGGACCUGACCACGCUGCUGCAGGGCCGACACCACAAGAUGUCCAUGGAGUACAAUGAGUGGGUGGACAAAGUGACGAGUGCAGAAACCAAAGUGUCUGAGAUGGAGACAACGGUGGAGGAUCUGCAGUGGGACAUCGAGAAGCUUCGCAACCGGGAGCAGAAGCUCAACAAACACCUGGCGGAGGCCAUGGAGCAGCUUAAGUCUGGCUACAGCAGCACCGGCAGCUCGGGGGGAUUAGCUGGAGGUCAGAUAACGCUCAACAUCCAGAAGUUUGAGAGCCUGAAUGCAGAGCUGGAGCACAACCAGGAGCUGGCGAACAGCCGCAUGGCGGAGCUGGAGAAGCUGCAGCUGGAGCUGCAGGAGGCUGUGAGGGAGAGCGAGAAGCUCAAGAUGGACCUGCGAAAUAUUCCAGAAGAAGUCGUAAAAGAAACGUCGGAAUAUAAAUGUAUGCAGUCUCAGUUCUCGCUGCUCUACAACGAAUCUCUGGGAGUUAAAACUCAGCUGGACGAGGCCAGAGCCCUGCUGCUCACCACCAAGAACGCUCACCUCCGGCAGAUCGAGCACAUGGAGAGUGACGAGCUUUCCCUGCAGAAGAAGCUGCGGACCGAGGUCAUCCAGCUGGAGGACACGCUGGCGCAGGUCCGCAAGGAGUACGAGAUGCUGCGCAUCGAGUUCGAGCAGAACCUGGCAGCCAAUGAGCAAGCAGGGCCAAUCAACCGGGAGAUGCGACAUCUGAUCAGCAGCCUUCAGAACCACAACCUGCAGCUGAAGGGCGACGUGCAGCGCUACAAGAGGAAGCUGCGGGAAACGCAGAUGGAGAUCAAUAAGCUGCGCUCGCAGAGCGGAGACGCUGGCGUUCUGAUCCUGGAGGAGACGACGAGCGACGGCAUGGACGUUAAAAAGGAGGAAGAAGAAGACCAGGAGGAAGAGGAGGAGAGGAGGAAGGAGCUGGAGAGACAGCGGGCGAGGGAGAGGGAGAGAGAAAGAGAGAGAGAGGCCGAGCGAGAGCGGGAGAGGGAGAGAGAGAGAGAGAGGCAGCGCAGCGACGAGCUGAAGAGGAAAGACUCAGAUACACUGAAGAUGCUCCGAGUCGAACUCAAGAAAGCUCAGGAGUCGCAGAAAGAGAUGAAGCUCCUGUUAGACAUGUACAAGUCGGCUCCAAAGGAGCAGAGAGACAAAGUGCAGCUAAUGGCCGCCGAGCGCAAGUCAAAAGCAGAGGUGGAAGACCUGAGGAUGCGAGUUCGAGAGCUGGAGGAGAGGGAGAAGAAGGAGAGCAAGAAGCUGGCUGAUGAAGACGCCCUGAGGAAGAUCCGCGUUGCAGAGGAAACCAUCGAGCAUCUGCAGAAGAAACUGGCAGCCACCAAGCAGGAGGAGGCGCUGCUGAGCGAGAUGGACGUAACGGGCCAGGCCUUCGAAGACAUGCAGGAGCAGAACAGCAGGCUGCUGCAGCAGCUGCGCGAGAAAGACGACGCCAACUUCAAGCUGAUGAGCGAACGCAUCAAAUCCAACCAGAUCUACAAGCUGCUGAAGGAGGAGAAGGAGGAGCUGGCGGACCAGGUCCUCACCUUCAAAACGCAGGUGGAUGCCCAGCUGCUGGUGGUGCAGAAGCUGGAGGAGAAGGAGGGAGUCCUGCAGACGACUCUGGCUGCCCUGGAGAAGGAGCUGGCGGUCCGGACUCAGGCCCUGGAGCUCAACAAGAGGAAGGCGGUGGAGGCUGCGCAGCUGGCGGAGGACCUGAAGGUGCAGCUGGAGCACACGCAGGCCAAGCUGAAGGAGAUCCAGGUCUCUGUGGCGGAGAACCGCACCGCCCGCGAGAGGGAGAGCAGCAACCUGAAACGGGCGCAGGAGGAUCUGUCCCGGCUGAGGAGGAAGCUGGAGAAGCAGAAGAAGGUGGAGGUUUACUCUGACGCAGACGAGAUCCUGCAGGAGGAGAUCAACCAAUACAAGGCCAAGCUGCGCUGCCCCUGCUGCAACACUCGGGACAAGGAGACCGUCCUCACCAAGUGUUUCCACGUCUUCUGCUACGAGUGUCUGAAGAUGCGCUACGACACCCGGCAGAGGAAAUGCCCCAAGUGCAACUGCGCCUUCGGAGCCAACGACUUCCACCGCAUCUACAUCACCUGAGCGGCCGAGCAAGAGACACAGAGAGAGAGAGAGGAGAGACUGAACCAAAGGAGAGAAGAGACCAGAGGGGGGAGCAGGAGGACUGCAGAUUUACUCAGACAUUUUUAAUCGUUGGAAAAGACUCGUUUUACCAGAUUUCUUUCCAUUUGGUGACCAAACAUGGUGAUUUGUCUGCCUGAGUGUGUUGUGAGCUGGUUUAAUAAACACACACCUGUGAGGGAAGCGAA